GAAGCCGGGGUUAGAGCAGGUGGUGACUUCGAGGAGUCGUGGAAGCACAACCCUCGAGCUGACGGCACAAGCAUAGAAGCACAUGAUGCACAACAAGAGCUCUUCACGAAGAAACUCCUGGCCCGAUGCUAUCGGCAAGGGAGAUGCUGAUGUAGAUGUCAACGGAACUUCCAAGGUCGGGAGGGUCUCAUCGUUGGCUUUGGAACCGGCCUUCUGUUAUGUCGAAGAAGUAGACGCGCCGUCGAACAUAAAAUUCGAAACGUGUAGUGUUGUAUCGAGUGAUGUGGAGGAAUCAAUGGCUUGUGAAAGUGGACACAAUGAACGGAAGUUAUCAUUUCAAUCUUCUAGCUCAGCAUGCGACAAGAUCAUCGAUGGCAAAGGAAACAUGGUUCGAUCAGGGAGUUAUCCAACGUUGAAUCUGCUCGGCUCUAGUGUAUUUCUCAAUUCUAUUGAUAGAAACGGUAAUUUUUCGUCCUAGUCAGCGGCUUCGCCCUUAGUUUUGUGAUUGCGUUCUGCGUGUUUUCUUUGCCAUUCCUAAUUCCUCUUGAUCUCAUUAAAUUGCUUUCAAUCUCGAAAG